AAAUAAAUAAAUAAUAAAUAAAUAUCAGCAAAUCAUUUAUGCCUGAAAAUAAGGAAAAAUGUGGAUGGAUUAAUGGAUCAACAUGAUUUGGUUUGAAGUGUGUUCGAGUGAGAAAGAGCAGAGAGAGAGAGUAGAUAACAGCUGGAUCUUGAUUUAGUUGGAUAGUCUGUCUCCCCACCUCCGCCUCCUCUCUCAUGCAGCCUAUCGCCUCUCUGCCUUCAGCCCGUUUUUAAUUUUUUCAAUUGUGCGCUCGUUUUGCUUGCCUUCACAGCAGAUCAGAUCUGAACCAGAACAGGGGGGUAAAUAAGCCAGGUAGCGCUCAUCGCGGUGAUUUAACUCUACGGAUGACCAGCUCCAAGGUAAGGAUAUGUACCAGGGCAUAAUGACUACCAACCACGGACCCUCUUCCUAUGAGGCCGGCUUUCUCCACAACGCCUCGGCAGCAACCUCCCCGGUUUACGUGCCCACCACCCGGGUCGUCACCCCGAUGAUCCCCGCGCUGCCGUACCUCCAGACGCACGGCGCCUCGCAGCAGAGCAGCCCGGUAUCGAGCCACUCUGCCUGGGCGCAGCCGGGUGCAGAUCCGGUGUCUUCUUACAACCACUCCCCGGUGUCUCCGCGGUUCUCCUUCUCCACCAGCCCGCCGCUGUCAUCCGGGGUGGCAACGGCCCGGGAGGCGACAGUCUCUUACACAAGCCCGCUCAACUUCUCUGCCAACGGGAGGGAGCACUACGGUCCGCGGGGCCUCGGCGGUUCGUACCACAGCCCCUAUUCGGCCUACAUGAGCCCUAACAUCGGAGGAACAUGGCCGGCGUCCCCCUUCGACAGUCCGGUGCUCCACGGUCUGCAAACCGCCUCGUCUUCUGGGACGACACGGCACCCAAACAUAGAUUUGUUUGAUGACUUUGCUGAGGGACGAGAAUGCGUGAACUGUGGUGCAAUGUCAACCCCCCUCUGGAGGCGUGAUGGCACAGGCCACUACCUAUGCAACGCAUGCGGCCUAUACCACAAGAUGAAUGGCAUCAACAGACCUCUCAUCAAACCCCAAAGACGGCUGUCUGCCUCGAGGAGGGUGGGCCUGUCCUGCACAAACUGUCAUACCACCACCACCACCCUGUGGCGACGAAACGCAGAGGGAGAGCCCGUCUGCAACGCCUGUGGACUCUACAUGAAACUCCAUGGGGUCCCCCGACCUCUUGCAAUGAAGAAAGAGGGGAUCCAGACCCGCAAACGCAAACCUAAGAACCUAAACAAGUCCCACACAGGACCUCCAGGUAGUGAGGCGGCUCCAGUCACUCCAUGCAGCACUACUCGCUCCUCUUCCUCCUCCUCCACAACCUCCACCACCACUGCAGUGGAACCUCGCCAGAUAAAAACAGAGCCAGAAAAUCACAGCUUGUACACACACCACAGCUCACACACACAGCAGAUGUCAGCUCUGCCAGCCUACAUGGCAGCCCAGGGAGGCUCCAUUCCUCUGAAAAUGUCCCCAGGUGGACACAGUGGGUCCUCCAGCUCCAAAACAGAGCCUUGGAACAGCUUGAUCAUGGCUUAGGAGACCUAAAAGCUCGGCAUCUAAAAAAUAAACUACCUAUGUACAGCAUCCUAACGAAACUUUUCAGAAACUGCUGUUUUAGUUCGAAAUGGGUUCAUCAUUUCCUACACUUUGUGGCAUCAGUGUAAUGACACCAAGACAAGAUGAGAAGAGAACAGCAUGGGGAAACUUACAAACUUUGACCUAAAAGGAACAUUUUUGUAGCUCACACCUUUUCCUGCAAAGCCAGUAUGGAAGAACGAGCUGCCUUACAGAUUCUGAAACAGUGGAUGAAAAAUAUGAGAAAUAUGACUGGCUCAGGUCAGAAGUAUUGCUUUCAGUGAUAUGCACACGGCUAUGGACAUUUUUCCCUAGAUGUGAUCAGAAAUCACAAGAGGCACUACACUAAGUGUGUUUUCAAGGUCAGUUUACAAGAAAAAAAGUGGAAAACAUUUUAAUUCAUGGCAAAUUUUAAAAUCAUCCUGUCUGGGAGAAUUUGCUUGUUUAUGAUAAUCCAUAGAAAUGAACAUUAUGUUGUAUUAGCAGCAGAAGAUGGGAAAGGCAUUUAAGAUUUGAUAUACUAGAAAAAACAAACCAUGUGUUUGAACAAAUUGUUCACCUCAAUAACCACAGGGAUAACCUAAAAUCAUUUUUGGGAGGACCAUGUGAUGGAAAUGUUUAGGAACUCCUGAUCUAACACACUAUAUUCAGAUGAAGUAGUGGGAACAUUUCUGUAACUGUCCUGGAGCUUAUGGUAUAUAUUGUUAUAAAUUAUAUUUUAUAAUAAUGAUAAAAAAUAAUGAGAUUAUAUUAGAUUAUAUUUUAUGAUAAUGAUAAAAAAAAAAAUUCUGUUCUUUGAUUUUUGCAUUUCCUUAGCCUCAUAGCAUAAUUGCCUAAGUGUUAUUAGCACCUAGGCGAAUAUACUAUGCGUUUAAGGAUUUUAUUCCAUAUCUUCCCUCAAAUUUCCGAGGCCCUCCUAGUGCCCCCUGGCCCCCGGCCCCACUUUGAAAAACACUGUGUUCGAAAGUCCCACUUUUUAUACACAUUCUUCAAAAUGGGAAAUACAAGAGAACAUUUCAAUAAAGUAAGACAGAUAUGUUUUUAAACGUGAAUCAGAGAAUAGCCACAAGAAAACAGCACUUGGCCUAACCUUGCCUACAUGUACAGUCCGAGCAACAAUCAAGUAAAAAGAAUCGAGUAAAACAAACUGGAACUCUGACAAAAAAGGCUGCGUAAGAACCCAAGUUUAUCUUUUCUUACAUUGGGGAGGAAGAAAAUGGAGAUAAAACAAAAAAUCACCAAAACUCACUUUUAGAGAAAUAUCCAUUUGAGAUUAUUUUACUCCAAUACAAGAUGAAUUUAUUAUGAGGCAUUUUAAGCCAUCUUUUCCAGGGAUCCCAAUCAAUGUGGAGAGUUGUAAGUUUCAACCUCAGAAAGUGGUUGAAGCAAAUAAAUCGGGCCGUUAUUGGUUAAAAAAAAGGAAAUGCUUUUGUUUUGUUAAAUAACUACUCAAGAGGGGUUUUCCACAACAAUUAUAAUGUCAGAGCUUGUAAAUGUUACUCAGAACAGGACUCCAAGAGAAAUAUUUGUAUAUUUGGCCAUCUCAACUAAUGGCUCACAAAGCUGGGGCCCAGACCACAAUACAGUGCCUUGCAAAAGUACUCGGCCCCCUUGAACUGGUCAACCUCUUGCCACAUUUCAGGCUUCAAACAUAAAGAUAUAAAAUUAAAAUUUUUGUGAAGAAUCAACAACA